AUGGCUGAUUCCGAAACUAAAAAGGACUCUGAGGGUUCCUCGUUCGUCAAGAACUCCAAUGAGAUCCAAUCUCUUCAAGAUACCGAAAAUGACGCCGCCGUCGUCAACAUUGACCAGAACAAAAAGAACAUUGGUAUAAUAUCGUCGAUCUUCCUCGUCACAAACAGAAUUAUCGGUGCUGGUGUUUUCUCCACCGCAUCCACCAUUUUGACCCUUUCCGGUUCCGUCGGCACCUCAUUGAUCAUGUGGGUCGUUGGCUCCAUCAUCGCCUUUACCGGUCUUCUCACAUACAUGGAGUUGGGUUCUGCCAUCCCCAGAAACGGUGGUGAAAAGAACUACUUGGAGUACAUUUACACGAAACCCAAGUUUUUCGUCACCGCCAUGUACGCAUCCUACGUCUUCUUCCUUGGUUGGGCUGCCGGUAACUCCAUUGUCACGGGUGAGUUUUUGCUCAAUGCCGCCGGAACUGAAGUGACUCAAUGGAAUUCCAGAGCUAUCGGUAUUGGUGUGAUUACUUUUGCAUUCAUCGUCAACGGUGUCAACGUCAAGGGCGGUUUGUUUUUGGCCAACAUUCUUGGUGUUUUCAAGGUUGCCAUUAUUCUUUUCAUUUCUGUCACCGGUUGGGUCGCCUUGGGUGGUGGAAUUAAAACCAAAGAGUUCCGUGACCCCCACAACUUUACCGAUGCCUUCCACGGCACCACGCCCACCGGUUUCGGUAUUGUCAAUGCUUUGUACAACAUUAUUUGGUCUUACGUUGGUUACUCCAACGCCAACUACGCCUUGGGUGAGAUCAAGAACCCAGUCAGAACUUUGAAGAUCGCUGCUCCAACUGCCUUGCUUACCAUCACCGUGCUUUAUAUGUUGGUGAACAUUGCUUACUACGCUGUUGUGCCAGCUGACGAGAUUCGUGAUUCUGGUAGAAUUGUGGCUUCUGCUUUCUUCAGAUACGCCUUCGGUGAGAGCGCUGAAAAGGCCGCUUCUGUUUUCGUUGCCCUCUCCACCUUGGGUAAUGUCUUGUCUGUCAUCUUCUCCCAGGGUAGAAUUAUCCAGCAAUUGGGUCGUGAGGGAAGCUUGCCGUUCUCCAGAUUCUUCGCCACCCAGAAACCCUUCAACACUCCAUUUGUUGGUCUUCUCCAGCACUGGAUUGUCUGUAUCGUCACCAUCGUGGCCCCACCUCCAGGUGAUGCUUACAACUUCGUGUUGAACUUGAUUUCUUACCCAUUGAACGUUGUCAACACUUUUGUUGCUUUGGGCUUGUUGUGGCUUAAGUGGAACAGCUACAAGGGCAAGGCUACCUGGAAGGCUCCAAUCACCUGCCCAUGGCCUGUGGUUGUUUUCUUCUUCUUGUCUUCCCUUUACUUGAUUGUCGCUCCAUACAUUCCACCAACUGGCGGCCAGACUGUUUACGAAGACUUGCCUUACUGGAUCCACCCUGUCGUCACCUGGGGUGUUUUCGCUAUUGGUGCCAUCUAUUGGCUUGUGUGGACCAAGCUCAUUCCUUACUUAUUCAGCUACACCUUGGCCAGUAAGGAGAUUUUGGGUGAGGAUGGUUUCUGGAGAAACCAGUUUUUCAAGAUUCCACAUGGCGAAGUUCUUGAAGACCCCGAGAUCAAGCCGGAUACAAGAGUUGUGUCAUAG